UGGGGCGCUCUGAGAACGCCGUGACCAUAAAGAGACGCGUUCGCCACGCCCCCUUUGUGUUGGUCACCCAAUCAGCGUGCGCUCCUAAAAGGCGGGCUUUAUAGGCGAGGCCAAAAGCCACGCCCCAUUUCCCCAAAACCAGCCAAUCACCUCCACGACCACGCCCCCUCCCACCGCCCUCCGUCUCCAGGGCGACGCCCGCCGCCAUUUGGGCGUGAGGCGGUGCCGCGGCAACUUCCGGUCAGGCCCAGCCCCGCUCCCCCGGCCCAGCCCCGGCCCCGCGGAGCUCCUGAGGCGGAGGUGGAGCGGGACGCGCAGGGUCCCCCCGCGGCGGCCGCGGCCGCCAUGGCCGCCGUGUGGCAGCAGGUGCUCGCCGUGGACGCGCGGUACGCGGCGUACCGCACGCCGCAGCUGCCGCAGUUCCGCACGCAGUACGUGCGGCGGCGCUCGCAGCUGCUGCGGGAGCGGGCGCAGGGCGGGCACCUGGCAGGUGAGGCGCGGCGCUGGUACCUGCGGCUGCGGGCGCGGCUCCUGGCCCAGCGCUACGGCGCCCUGUCCGAGCCGGGCAGCUGCCGCAGCGCCCUGAGAGCCAGCCGGACCACGCUGGACCGCAUGGAGGAUUUCGAGGAGGACCCACGGGGGUCCCGGGGCCACCGGCGCUCCCUGAGCCGCAGCUCCGGCCCGGGGGGGCUGCGGGGGGGCCCCGACGAGCGCCCCCCCGGGGUGGUCCCCACCCCCCUGGCCGAGGCCAGCCGGGCCAUGGCCGGGGACACCACCCUGAGCGAGAACUACGCCUUCGCGGGCGUGUUCCACGUGUUCGACCAGCACCUGGACAGCGCAGUGCGGAAGGUGCAGUUUGCCCACGACGAGCGGCACCUGCUGGCGUGCUGCUCCCUGGACGGGACGCUGUCCGUGUGCCGCCUGGCCCCCGGGCCCCCGGCCGUGCUGCGGCGGCUCCGCGGCCACGGGGCCGGCGUGUCCGACUUCGCCUGGUCCCUGUCCAACGACGUCCUGGUGUCGGCCUCGCUGGACGGGACCCUGCGCCUCUGGGACCCCGCGGACGGGCGCUGCAUCCGCCGCGUGCCCGACCCCGACGGGGCCGCGCUGCUGUGCUGCGCCUUCCAGCCGCUCAACAACAACCUCACCGUGGUGGGCAGUGCCCGGCACAUGGUGCGGGUUGUGAACAUCUCCACGGGGAAGGCGGCUCGGGGGGGCACCGGGCGCCUCCCCGGGCGGGUCCUCGCCCUCUGCUUCGACGCCCCCGGGCGCGUCCUGUGGGCCGGGGACGACCGGGGCUCGGUGUCCUCGUUCCUGUGCGACCCCGGCACCGGCCGGCUGACCAAGGCCUCGCGGGUGCUGGUCCAGGCCGGCGGCUCCAUCACGUCGCUCUCGGCCCGGGCCUGGGCCAGCCGGGAGGCGCCGGACCCGUCCCUGCUGGUCAACGCCUGCCCCGACCGCCUGCUGCUCUUCCGGGUGGUGGAGGACGAGGGGGGCUCGGGGGCCCCGGGGCUGCGGCUCCGGCGCAGUUUCCCCACGCGGCACCGGGAGCAGCCCCUGAGGAGCUGCUUCUGUCCCCUGAUGUCCUUCCGGCAGGGAGCCUGCGUGGUGACGGGCAGCGAGGACGCCUCCGUGCACUUCUUCGACGUGGGCCGGGCGGCGCGGGCCACCGUGAACACGCUGCAGGGCCACGGGGCCGCCGUGCUGGCCGUGGCCUUCAACUGCGACGAGUCCCUGCUGGCCUCGGGGGACGCCGCCGGCACCGUCAUCGUCUGGCGCCGCCAGCACGCCUGAGGCGCCCCAAAAAAACCCCAAAUCCCCGUGGAAAACCCCGAAAUCUGCCUGGAAAUACCCCCAGAAAUACCCCAAAAACGGCCCCGAAAUGCCCCGGUGUGGCCUUGGAGUGCGGCGAGUUUUGCGGGCAGCGUGCGGCACCAAAACACCCCAAAAUCCUGCCCAAAACACCCCAAAAUCCUUCCCCAAAAUCCUUCCCAAAACACCCAAAAUCCUUCCCAACCAUCUCCAAAAUCUCCCAAACCCUAUCCUGGAAUUUUGCCAAAAAUACCCCAAGACACCCCCAGAAAUGCCCCUGCCGGGCAUUCGAGUGCAGCCAAGUUUGGCAGCACCAAAAUCCCCCCAAAACCUUCCCCAAAAUCAUUCCCCACACUCCUUCCAGAAACCACCCCAAUAUUCCCCCCCAAAUAUCCCAAAACUCCCCCAAAAUUCCCCUCGA